AUAAAGGAAUGGGGUGGUUUCAGACGGCGGACUUCCCCCUCCUGGUCAAUGGUGAAACCUGAUUGGCUGGUGUGCCGUAUAAAAAUUACAGGUCGGCAGAGAGUACAUACGUAACCGUAGCAGACAAACAGGAUAGGCAUCACCAGAGGGACCAGCACAGCUGAUCGGAAGUCGUUUCAGCGAGAGUAAUUUCUAGCUGCGCAACAGAUAAUUCACGACAGAUCUGAACAUUGUAAACGCCGGAGAAAAGCAGCGAUUAUGUCGAUGACAGUGAAAGCAUAUCUGCUCGGCAGGGAGGACGUCCAAAGGGAGAUCCGCCGUUUCACCGUAGACCAAGAUGUGGCGACCAGUUUUGAGUACCUGAAUCGAAAAGUGGCCGACGUCUUCCAAAGCCUUCGGAAUGCAACCUUCCAGAUGUACUACAAAGAUGAGGAUGGGGACAUGAUCGCCUUCUCAUCAGAUGAGGAGCUAAUCAUGGGACUCUCUUCCGUGAAGGAGGACACCUUGCGCGUCUUCAUCAAAGAGAAGAGGGAGAACAAGCGGGACGUCCCCCCGCAGGGCUUCCAGGGCCCCGCCCCCUUCCCGUUCCCCUUCCCUCCGACCCCGGGAGCCCCCCACAUGCCUCCCCCGCCGCACCACCCCCACCCCCACCCCAUGGUGCACCCCAGUGUGACGUGUGACGGCUGUGAGGGCCCGGUGGCGGGCACGCGCUUCAAGUGCACCGUGUGCCCGGACUACGACCUGUGCUCCACCUGCCAGGCCAAGGGCCUCCACAAGGAGCACGCCCUCAUGCCCAUCUGGCACCCGCUCAACAACAUGUUCGAGCAUUGGUUCCCUCGGGGCAAGUGGAUGCGCAAGAUGAGACACGGCAUGGGCCACUGCAUGUGGGCCGGGGCCCAGAACCAGGCCCGGGCUGAGCCCGGCCCGUCCGGAACAAGCCCUGCCUCCGAGCCCACCCCGCCUGCCCCUGAGAACGGGCAGGCCCCACCCGACGGAGCGGCCUCUGCCCAGGCCAACGUGGAGUACCUGAAGAACAUCGGAGAGGGCGUGGCGGCCAUGCUGAGUCCCCUGGGCAUCGACGUGGACAUUGACGUCGAGCACGAAGGGAAACGGACCAAAGUCACCCCGACCCCGACCCCGCCCGGUUCCGGAGGACCCCCCAGCACCCAGUCUGACGGCAGGCAGGAAGAGGAAACCACAGACAAACAGAGCAGUCUGAAAAGCAAUGCGAGCGGGACAAAGGGGCCGAAGGACCUGGGCAGCGAUGAGGAGUGGACGCACCUCAGUCCGAAGGAGGUGGACCCCUCCACGGGGGAGCUGCAGUCCAUGAGGAUGGAGGAGGGCGAGGAAGAUCCAGGGGCCCCCAGCACGUCCGAGCAGGGUCCCACGGGCCUUCGAGAGGCUGCGCUGUACCCCCACCUGCCACAAGAUGCGGACCCGCGGCUGGUGGAGUCCCUGUCGCAGAUGCUCUCCAUGGGCUUCAUGGACGACGGCGGCUGGCUCACCCGCCUGCUCCACGCCAAGAACUACGACAUCGGGUCGGCGCUGGACACCAUCCAGUACUCCAAACAGCCCGGGCCUCCGAAGUAACCAGCACAGCGCCCGGGGAGGGGGGUGACCGAGCGGUCACUCCGCACCAUGAAGAGCCCUGCAUUUACCACAGCUAGCCUAUCAGAAACUUCUUUUCUAUCCUUCUCUAAUGUAAUCUAAAAAUGAGCUGAAGUACUUACCAGCUUUAACACGAAUUAGCGCUAAUGAUAUAUGUACCAACAAAAUAACAGUGGUGUAUCCGAUCACUCAAUGCUCAGCUAGUUAUAAUACUGAGUAGUUGUUUUUUUGUUUUAAUCAGGCAUUUAAGCCUGUUAACAUACUUUUAAAAGUAAAAGUACUUUUAUUUGUGACCAAAUUAAACUGGUAAAGUAGUAAACAAACAAGUUCAGCUGUAAGGAGCUGAGAAUUGUUAGCAUAAGGUAAACUUUACAAGCUCUCAAUGAAGUGGAUGGUACCUUGAUUGCCGGUCGUGAUUUUGCUGGUCAUGUGGGCACUUUGUAGAGGGAAAAAAAAACUGUUUCUCUGUCUUGUCUGUCCUGAAUAAAGCGCUUUGGCAUUAACGAGA